CAUUAGAGACGUUGAAGUAUAAAUUGCACCCCCGACAGCAGUGUCUACUUAGUAAACAACUACUAGUGCUGUCUGGCCGAUCACAGCACAUAGAUACCUAAAAAACAUCCAACAUGGGUGGCAUGGCGCUGCGCUCGCCGAGCUUGCCGCUGCUGCUGCUAUCCUCCUUGGUCACCGUCAUCACCGUCUCCACACUGAGUGCCAUAGAAGGUGACGAGGAGGCCACGCUGCUGGCUUUCAAGGCAGCGGCAAUCAGCAGCAGCGGGUACAAUGACCCGCUUGCUUCGUGGAACCGCAGUGCCGCCACCGGUGGGUACUGCAGCUGGGAGGGGGUGAGGUGCCGAGGCAAGCACCGACGAGUAGUGGCACUCAGCCUACCAUCCCGAGGGUUCACUGGAGUCCUCUCGCCUGCCAUCGGCAACCUAUCAUCCUUGAGGACUCUCAACCUGAGCUGGAAUGGGUUCAGCGGGAACAUCCCCGCGAGCCUUGAUCGUCUACGCCAUCUCCAUACCCUUGACUUGAGACGCAAUGCCUUCUCUGGCACACUCCCCGGUAACUUGAGCUCUUGCACUAAUCUUACGGAGAUGAUAUUUGAUUUUAACAAUCUCAGUGGCAACGUGCCCCAUGAGCUCGGCCACAACCUGAAGCAGCUCAAGGUGCUCAGCCUGCAUAACAGCAGCUUUACUGGAAGGAUUCCAUUUCCAGCGUCGUUGGCCAAUUUGACAUCACUGAGUAUUUUGGAUCUCGGGUCCAACCAGCUCGAGGGUAUUAUACCGAAUAGCAUUGGCGUCCUAAAGGACCUCUGGUAUCUUGAUCUUCGCUACAACAGCCUCUCCAGCAUGCCCCCGAUAUCCCUUUACAAUUUGUCUUCCCUGGAAUUCUUGCAGAUUCAAUCGAACAUGCUCAGUGGUAGCAUUCCUACUGAUAUUGGCAACAGGUUCCACGCCAUGCGAUUCCUCUCUCUAUAUACAAACCAGUUCACCGGGAUCAUCCCUGCUUCACUCUCCAACCUCACAUCGCUCCAGGAACUCGACCUCGGAGAGAAUAUGCUUAAAGGACAUGUGCCUCACACGAUUGGGAGACUACCAGCUCUGCAAAAGCUAUUCUUGGGCGACAACAGCCUAGAAGCUGACGAUGGGGAGGGAUGGGAAUUUAUUGCAUCUUUGUCAAACUGCAGCCAACUCCGGCGAUUACUUAUCGGCGGCAACGCCGCUUUCACUGGGCACCUACCAAGCUCACUAGUGAAUCUCUCAACAACCCUACGAGUCCUCGAAUUUGCCGAUACUGGGAUUCGGGGAAGCAUCCCCUCGGCCAUCGGCAAUCUAGUGGGCCUUGAAUUCCUUGUUGCUGAUGAUACCUCCAUAUCUGGAGUAAUUCCAGAUAGCAUCGGCAAGCUAGGAAACUUGACUAAUAUUUAUCUGUACAAUAGUAACUUGUCCGGCCAAAUACCUUCAUCUAUUGGAAAUCUCUCAAAGUUAGCAGUCCUGGAAGCCGAUAGUAGCAAUCUAGAGGGGCCAAUUCCACCAAGCAUUGGGAAGUUGGAGAAUUUACUUGCCCUUAAUUUGUCAAAGAACCACCUGAACGGUUCAAUUCCAAGAGAGAUUUUUCAACUUUCUUUCAGCUAUCACAUAGACUUGUCAUACAAUUCACUAUCAGGGCCUCUUCCCCCCCAGGUUGGUAGCUUGCAGAAUCUUAACCAACUAUUUCUAUCUGGAAACCAGUUGUCUGGCGAGAUACCAGAAAGCAUUAGGAAGUGCCCAGUUCUGCAAGAACUUAGGUUGGACAGUAACUUAUUUAACGGAAGCAUAACUCAAUAUCUAAACAAGGCUCUAACUACACUCAACCUGUCAGUGAAUGAGUUGUCCGGUAAUAUUUCAGAUGCCAUUGGAAGUAUCAGUGGCCUGGAACAAUUGUAUCUGGCGCACAACAAUUUAUCAGGACCAAUCCCUGCAGUUCUACAGAAUUUAACAUCAUUGUGGAUGUUGGAUUUAUCCUUCAACAAUCUGCAAGGGGAAGUACCAAAAGAAGGUAUUUUCGGAAAUUUUGCUAACCUGUCGAUCACCGGAAAUAACAAGCUUUGUGGAGGAAUACCCCAGCUUCAUUUAGUUCCAUGCAAGACAGAUUCUGUGAAAAAGAACAGAAGAGGGAAGUCUAAGUAUCUUAGAAUAGCACUAGCAACAACCUUUGCACUAUUACUAUUAGCUAUUGUCAUUGCACUCUUGAUCUACAGGAAGCAAAGAAGAAAGCAGAAGGGUGCAUUCAAACCACGAAUGGUUGAGGAACAGUAUGAAAGAGUUUCUUACCAUGCAUUAUCAAACGGAACCAAUGGAUUCUCCGAAGCCAAUUUGCUUGGUAAAGGGAGCUUUGGGACAGUCUAUAAAUGUGUUUUUCAAGCUGAGGGGACUGUUGUAGCUGUAAAGGUUUUUGACCUUCAACAAUCAGCCUCUAUUAAAAGUUUUGUAGUUGAAUGUGAGGCACUGAGAAGGGUGCGUCACCGCUGCCUCAUGAAGAUCAUCACAUGCUGCUCAAGCAUCAAUGAACAAGGUCAGGAUUUCAAGGCAUUGGUUUUUGAGUUCAUGCCUAAUGGUAGCUUGAAUCGUUGGCUCCAUAUAGAAUCUGGCAUGCCCACUUUGAACAAUACUCUCAGCCUCGCACAAAGGCUAGAUAUCGUUGUUGAUAUCGUGGAUGCAUUGGACUAUCUUCAUAAUCACUGCCAGCCACCAAUCAUCCACUGUGAUCUCAAACCAAGCAACAUCCUUCUUGCAGAAGACAUGAGCGCCCGAGUUGGAGAUUUUGGCAUAUCUAGAAUCAUUUCAGAAAGUGAAAGUAUAAUUCUGCAAAAUUCAAGUAGCACAAUUGGCAUAAGAGGCUCCAUUGGCUAUGUUGCUCCUGAGUAUGGUGAAGGUUCUUCCAUCACAACUUUUGGUGAUGUUUAUAGCCUUGGCAUAUUGCUGCUCGAGGUUUUCACAGGGAGGAGCCCAACAGAUGAUAUGUUUAGAUGUUCAAUGGAUCUACAUAAGUUUUCAGAGGAUGCUCUUCCAGAUAACAUCUGGGACAUAGCCGAUAAGACAAUGUGGCUCCACACUGGCACCUAUGACAGCAAUACAAGAAACAUGAUUGAGAAAUGUUUGGUUCAUGUCAUUGCUCUUGGGGUAUCCUGCUCGAGAAAACAUCCUAGAGAGAGGACACUGAUACACGAUGCGGUCAAUGAGAUGCAUGCUAUCAGAGAUUCAUACCGCAAGUUUGCCAGACCUCUUGUGGUGGAAGAUGGAGCAGGAACGAUUUUGCAGUAAUUUUCAAACAGCGGUGAAUAAGUAGAGCUGAAAAUGGGCAAUAUGUUUGCAGGUGAUAACUUAAAUAAAAUGAUUGAAGGUUUCUAUGAUGCUUCAAUUCUAUUAUUCUGUCCUUAAAAAUCUGCAUCAGAUUUAAUGCAAAUGGAUGGUUAUGUGAAAUACAGCAAUCGGUACAUAAAUGAAAUAAUAGAAACCUUUUCACCUGUAGUUUGCUCAAUGUAUAGUGGAACUCUAAAUGAGUUAUCUCUGGACAUUUUGUAGAGUAUGAGGGGGGUGUUCUAAGAUCAUAACCACUGAAUCCCGUGCUAUUGUUUAAUAUGUUUACAUGAAGCCCAAUGGAUCCACUUGGUGACAGAACCUUCAACAAUGCUGUCUCAAGAAUAUUUUGGCUAUAUGUGGAACCAAAGAAUAUCAUUGUGAAGAGUAGAACCAAGGAUUUUAUUUCUUUCUACGAAUUUCUGUUUUCAACCUUCUCAUAUCAUGCUCAAAGAGAUGUAGCAGUAACCAGUAGAGAUGCACGACAUCAAAGAUUCAUAGAUCAUGUUUCCUGUUACCUUUAGAAAGCACCAAUUGCAGACAUUUGCUAGAGCAAUGAUCACAGCAGAAGGUAGAUUAGAAAUUCAGGAUAGGUUGUCAACUAAAACAACUAAAGGCAUAUAUGAAGUCAGGAUUGAAGUCAGUCUUUUGGAUCUAUAUGUUUAUCAUAACAGUGUAAAAGGGAAAGUAAAUAGCCAUGCAAAUAUACCUUCUUAAGAUAUGAAAUGCUUGUAUGAAAUGCUUGAACUUCUACAGAAGUGGGCAUAUCAUCAAUAUAUGCUUACUCCACAUCCUCACAUUAUCUUGAGGAAAAUGGCUGGUGCUCUGCCUGUUCAUUAAAGCACAUCCUCAUAUCAAUCAUAGAUGAAAAUAUUAAAAAUGCUUGGCUUGAAAAAUUAGGCAUGCAUUUCAAACGAACACAGGUUCAGAAUAAUCACACAGAAUAAAAGAACAAUGAAGUUUCCACUGAAAUUUAAUCAAUAAAGAAGCAGGCUACAGCUCAAACUGACUACGUUUAUAUAACAAUCAGGAUAUUCAGAAAACAUCAUAUCGUCUUCAUUAUUGGUAGCCAUGCUCUAGUGGCACCCCAUGCACAUUGUCAGGGAAACCUCUAUGCAGCAGACGUUCAGAUUAGCAACGAACAAACAUGGCAGUAGGAUAAUGUCGGAAAUCAUAAAAUGCCACGCAAGUUAUACAAAAUAUAUAUUUGUAUUUUCACAAGAGCAGUAUAGCCAGUGCCUAAAAUACUCAAUGGCACUGUAAAACAGCUUCAUACACAUUCUGAAGAUUCAGAACGCAAAUGGUGCCCAGACUUACUUGUCACGUUGCCAAAGCAGGGAAACUGCAUGAAAAAAUUAAUUGUUCUCUCCAGGCAGAUCAGAACAAGAAUCAACAGAUAACUAAAAGAACCCAUUGAAAUUUGCAGAAUCAACUAAUGCAAAGAACCCAUUGAAAUUUGCAGAACCCAUUUGUUCCAGAAACUAAUCAUACGUAUCAUCGCUUAGUAAUAAUCAGUGGACAAAAAAACAAAUGCUCAAUCCAAACUACUGACUCUAGCAAUUGCUGUAAUAGUACGAGCCCAAGGGGAGGUGAAUUAGUCGGCAGCCCUGGUACCCUCGGACUCUCGGAGGUGACGAGCUUCCCUGAUUAGGACGAGACGAGCGGAGGCCGCGCCGGUUUGGAUCUCGCUCUAGCGGGAGGUGUUGGAGGCGAGGCAGGCAGAAUCCUGCGCAAUCAUCUCGAUGACGUGGGUGGUGGUCUUGUGGAGCUCGAGAGGCGGCGCCGCGGCGGCAGGCGGGGCAGCAGGCAGUGGCAGG